GCGCAUCCAUGCCCACACCCAUGCGGCGGGCGGCGCGGGCCGGGGGAUGCUCGCUGCAUAGCCGCGGCCGGUGAGAGCACCAUGCCCGAGCGGGGCUGCCUGCUGCUGCUGCUGGGCGCGCUGCUGCUGCUGCUGCAGCCGCUGCUGCUGGCCGGUGGUGGCGGUGGCGGCGGCGGCGCGGGGCAGGCGGAGCCGGCCGAGGAGCGGCUGAUCCGGGUGCUGGUGCUGCUGCCGGCCGACAACGCGUACCUGUUCUCGCUGGCGCGCGUGCGGCCGGCCAUCGAGUACGCGGUGCGCAGCGUGCGCGGCGCGGGCGGCAGCCUGCCCGGCUUCACCUUCCAGCUCACCUACGAGGACUCUGCGUGCGGCAACCGCGCGCUCUUCAGCCUGGUGGACGCGGUGGCGCUGGCGCGGUGGCGGCCGGACCUGGUGCUGGGCCCCGUGUGCGAGUACGCGGCGGCGCCCGUGGCGCGCCUGGCCUCGCACUGGGACGUGCCCAUGCUGUCGGCCGGCGCGCUGGCCGCCGGCUUCGGCGCCAAGGCGGGCGAGUACUCGCACCUCACCCGCGUGGCGCCCGCCUACGCCAAGAUGGGCGAGAUGUUCGUGGCGCUGUUCCGCCGGCAGCGCUGGGCCCGCGCCGCGCUGCUCUACGCCGACGACGCGCAGGAGCGCGACUGCUACUUCGCCAUGGACGGCGUGCACGCCGCCUUCCAGGACGACGCCGCCGUCCAGCUGGCCGCGCACAGCUUCGACGAGCGCGGCCGCGCCCUCGACCCCGACGACCUGGUGCGCUCCCUGCAGGCGGCGGACAGAGUUGUAAUAAUGUGUGCCAGUGGUGAUACAAUAAGGAACAUCAUGUUAGCAGCUCAUCGUCAAGGAAUGACCAAUGGAGACUACAUUUUCUUCAAUAUUGAACUCUUCAACAGUUCAUCCUAUGGAAAUGGCUCGUGGAAGAGAGGAGACAAACACGACCUUGAAGCGAAGCAAGCAUACUCAUCCCUCCAAACGGUCACUCUACUGAGGACAGUGAAACCUGAGUUUGAGAAGUUUUCCACAGAGGUGAAAAGUUCUGUUCAGAAACAAGGGCUGCAUGAGGAUGAUUAUGUUAAUAUGUUUGUGGAAGGAUUCCAUGAUGCCAUUCUUCUCUAUGCUCUGGCAUUACGCGAAGUCCUAAGGUAUGGCUAUAGUAAGAAGGAUGGAGCAAAAAUUAUUCAGCAGACACGGAACAGGACAUAUGAAGGCAUUGCAGGGCAGGUGUCCAUUGAUGCCAACGGGGACCGAUAUGGGGAUUUCUCAGUAAUUGCAAUGACCGACCCAGAAACAGGCACACAGGAGGUGAUUGGUGACUACUAUGGAAAGCAGGGGCGCUUUGAAUUUCGAUCAAACAUGAAGUAUCCUUGGAAUCAUGGCAAGCUGAGAGUAGAUGAGAGCCGCAUCGCAGAGCACACAAACACCACACCUUGUAAAUCAUCAGGUGGCCUAGGAGAGUCAGCAGUCACAGGAAUCGUAGUGGGUGCCUUGCUUGGGGCAGGAUUGCUAAUGGCUUUUUACUUUUUCAGAAAGAAAUACAGAAUAACUAUUGAGAGGCGAAGUCAACAGGAAGACUGUAAUAUGGGCAAACAUCGGCAGCUACGUGAAGACUCCAUUCGAUCUCAUUUCUCUGCCGCAUAAAGAAGUGGGGUAGAAAACAAAAUCCAUUCUCCCUGAAGAAAACUUUAGGAAAAUGAACACAACCAAAGACAUCAGUGUAAAAGAAAGAGUUCUUCAAGAGCCUCUUUCUUUAAGUAGUGGAGUCAUUUUGUCUUAAUUUCUUUCAGAAACUCAGGAAUGAUUUACUAACUGCAUGAUGCCACAUGGCCUUUCAUCUCAUGAAAACAAAAAAGACAGUUUUCCAUUGUAGGAAGCCUGUAGUGUUCAGAGAGGGUAUACCCUAAGACAUUUAUUGUGGGCAGCAGUUCUGUGCUUAGAGCUGGAGAUGCCUCAUCCAGAUCCUUCUUUUUAACUUCUACUCCCUUAGUUGCAUCUCCCACAAGGAUAUUAAAUGUGGUGUUAUGGACACAGCUGCUGCAUCGUCAUCAGAAUAAAAACAACUUAUUAUCACUGAAAUCAUUGGCUAUUCGCCACUCAGUGGCUGCAGGAUCAGAAUCAUAUAGUUUAAUCUUGGGAGAAAUUUGCCAUGUAAAAUGUGAUUAAUUUGUGUAGUGCAAAGGGUGGAAACACUCAUGGAAGUCAUUCUUUCUUGCUAUGGAUAGUAUCAAAAUCAAGCCUGGGCAUAGGAAGACUGAUUCUCCUCUCAUUUACACCACUGCAAAUCACUAGCAACUCCACUGAAUUCAGUGGGAGUUUCCCUUGGUAUAAGGCAAGGAGAAUUGGUAGCUGAGAAUGAAUUUGCUAUUCCUUUAACCUUCAUAUUAUUUUAUUGUCCUCAUCUCUCUUUACCAUCAUCUCCUCUCUGAAAGAGUAGUAUAGUACAUGAUCUUGCUCCCACGGAAGGCAAUGACAAAAGUUCCACUGACUUUAGUGAGAGCAGGGUAUAAUCCAAAAUGUGUAAAUAUUAAUACUGUGCGGUGUUUGUAUAGUAAAGGCAAUUCAACAGAUUUUCUUUGUAUAAAAAUGACAUUCCAUGCUAGCAUUUUAUUUUUUAGGUAUUUUUUAUCUUGUAUUUUUCUAUUAAAAUGUCUAUUUUUGCUCUGGUAAGAUUAAAAGUCAAGGUGAGAGAAGGUUUGAAGAAAUAUUUUUUACAAGCUCAAAUAAUGUACACAGCAAAUCUAAUAUGUAAAUAAGAAAGAUUUUUGGGGGUGUGAAUAUUAAGCAAAUUUUCUUCCUCCUUCUACCCAAGGCAUGUGGAGAAUGCAAGUAAUUAAUUAGCUAAAGUAAAUUCAAUUCAGUAAUUAAUGUGAUAGUUAUUCAAGACGAUUCACCUUUAGACCCUGAUCCUGCAGGCAAUUAACUUGAUACCUGUGAGUAGUCCCAUUUAGUGAGGCUUGCUGCUCAUAUUUAAGCAUAAAGGUCUGUUGCACUGAGGCUUUAAGAUGCUGUUUUGAGACUGAUCUAAAUCUUACUGCCAUUGAUAUGUCUGGUAACUUUGACAUUAACUUCAGUGGGAGCAGGCUUGGAUCGAAGAGGUAUGAAUGACUGAAAGUAGGGGGUUUUUUAUACCGAAUACAAAAAAAUCUCUUAAAACAUUCUAGUCAGGAAAUGCAAAUGUAUAGUAGAUAUUACAAAUAGUGCCUGAUUUGGAAAGUGACAGCUGUAAAAUGCUGCCUGAGGAAUAGAGGAAAAAAAUGCUGAAAGUAUGAUUAUAUUUCCUGAAAUCCUUUGAUUUUUUUCUGUCAUGAUUUCACAAUAUGGAAACUUUUUGUUCAUGGGAGCAAUAAUAAUAUUAUAUUUAUUAUUUCUAUCACAAAGUAGGAACUAAAACCCAGAUACUUGGGCACCUAUCUCCUUAGUGAAAUCAAUGGGAGUUAGGUCAAGGGCGGACCUGGGUCUACAGGACAGAUUCUGCCAUCGUUUAAACAAGCAUAAAUCCAGAGCAGCUGCUUUACAAAAGCUGAAGUAAACAAUCUGGUGUGCUUUACUGGACAAUUUUUACUAUUUUUGAAAGAAAAAACUGCUGUAUCUUGGCUUGUGCAGUGGUUGCUGCCUGUAUAAAUGAGCUAUUAUCCAAUUUCCCAGGCAUCCGGAGAGCAAGCCCAGUCCUCAGGGUUGCUCCGGAGAGCAGAGCAUCUGGGAAGGGGGAUGUGGAACCUUUGUUUUAGAAAUCAUUAGGUAGUAGAGAGUAAGGCUAGCAGCUCAGCUUCAUCCCGUUUCCCAGCCCACAUCUUCAGGGUGUUGCCACUGAAGGGAUGACAUGGUGAAAAUACCACUAUAACCCAGUGACCUUUGGUUCCUGGAAUGGCCUCGGGCACAGACAGAAGUGACAUUUUUUGUGCUAUUUCUGGCCCCUGAAAGCUCUCUAUAGCAAUGACAUGGCACAUGCACAGCUGCAGAGUGCUUUUCAAAUGGCUGAUUGCAUGAAAAAUUAACCCUUGCCAGAUCAGGUAUUAGAUUAAGUCACUGUUUUUUAGAGCACCUUAGGAAAUUUAUGUUGCCUUGAGGAUUAAGUUUUCACACAGGGGCGGGGCUGUCAGCAGAGGGAAAAGGGAGCAGCAGUUGCUAAGCUACUUUGCCCAGCCUGAGUCGAAGGAGAAGGGGGAUGGACCAGAGCCCCCUCACCUCGCUCCCCACAAUACCCCAACUGUGGUAGCUAGGGCAGGUCCACAAGGCAAGGAGGCUUCAUUCUACUCUCCGCUCCCUCCUCCAGCUUACGCCAGGCAAAGGAACCCGGCAGCUGCUGCUGCUCCCAUCCCUCUCCCUCCCCACUGGCAGCCCUGGAGCUGGUGGAGGAGGGGGGCAGGACUGGGGAGAGGGUGGGUCAGCAGCCUCCUUAGAGGCUGCUGGAGCACCUUCACCUGCUGGCCAGGGCCGGUGCAGGCAGGCUCAAUUCCUGUCCCCCCCCCCCCCCCCAACAGGUGAACAUCUGUUGGGUCAGGGUGGGUGGGGGGGAGUUUCUAACUCAUGAUAGUUUAUGUAAGGCACCAUGAGUUACAGCGGGCCCCUGAACAUCUGUAGGCACCUGUCUGAAAACUUUGAUAGUUGGGAAUGCCAGAGAGUAGAGUAAUCAUCAUGUUGCUGUUGUGCCAGUCAGAAAAAUAAAUCACAAAAAUGUUAAAAAAACCAAAAACCUCAAAAGCAUUUUAGUUUCAUAGUACUAUUUCACAUUAUCAAAACCAGUGAAAAAAGUGAUCAGAUUUUUCGGUCUCUUCUUUUUAUCCUUUUUUGUUUUACCACUGAAAAUGGGAAAGGAAGAAAUAGGUGGCAUGGGGAGAUUUGUUGUUGUUGUUGUUUUGUUAAAACCAAAAACAUGCAGAUGUAGAAAUGGGGGGGAUUUUUCACCAAACAAAAACCUGCCAGGCCUAAUUUACACUUGAGGCUGAACUGGUUUCCAGCCGGCCCAGGGAGUAUAAGCACCGAGGUGGUGAAAAGCUGCCUUUGCCUUCGCCGUCUGGGUCUGUGCCAAGCGCAGUUAGGUCAAAACAGACAAUCUAGGUUAAUUGUUAGUUGAGUUUCUGAUCACAUGAUUGUGUUUCAACUGAAUGGAAACUUACAAAAAAGUAAAAACAAAAAAGUAAGGGGUCACUUGACAGGUUUAAAAAACAAAAAAGAAAACACUCAGCCCCUGAUUAUAUGCAGGCUUUUUAAUCAUAACCCCAGCAAGCAUUACCAGGAAGCCUUUGCAGGUGGGGCUCCCUUGGAAGCCUGGCUGCAACAUUUAAAAUGAGGUGCCAACAUUGCUAACUUCCUCCCAAGGCAAAGUCCCCUUGUCACAUAGCUGUCUGCAUUGCUGGAGAGGUGCAGGAAGCCUGCCUUACCAUUCCUUGUAUUUUCUUUCCCAUUUUAACACCUUUGCUUACUGAAAGUGAAGUUUUUUACAAAGUAAUUUACUUUUCCCCAUGAGGUAGUUUUUCUUCUGUCAGGACAUAAAAAGCAAAUGAGUUGGUUUUACCCACACCAGCUCAGUGCUGCCAUGUGCACAUUUCAAACAGCAGGAGAGAGUCAAACAGAAGACACUGAUAAAGGUUUUAAGGAGUGUUUUGGAUGUUAUAAUAACAAAAAGUUAUAACAGUAAAAGAAAACAAGUAUUACAAAAUGUGUAUUACAAGGUAUAUUCUGUUUAAAGAGGCAUAAAAGCCUCUUGAAACAGAAUGUGCCUUGGUAGCUAGAAGUAAGUUUGCAUUUGUACACACAGAUCCAUCUAACAACAAUAAAUGGUCAACACAGAUGGCCCCAAUCCAGCUCAGCUCAUUCUUAAAUCCUUUCUUAAUUGGGUCCAAAGGAUCUGAUCAUGGUCCCAAUGAAGUCAAAGGGAGUUUUGCCAUUUGCUUACAUGGGAGCAGGAUUUACCCAAAGGGUCAUAGUUCCAUCGGUUACUACAUCUAUGACAUGGUAGCUCUUUUUUCCCUUUUCUUUCAAUAGGAUAGAGAAAAUAAAAUAGAGACAUUCUACUAAUUUUUCUCUAAGAAACUUAAUACAUAAAUAGGGGAAAAAAUCAUUCUAGGGGUUUUGUACACCAGUUACUUGAGCUCAGUUCUCAUCCCAGAACCUCACCCCUGAAAAAUUUGAAACUUUCACUGGAACUUUGGCUACUUCAGAAUAUCUUCUAUCAGAGCUUCAUGCCCAGAACCAUAGGCAACUUUGAUGAUAGAAUAACUUUGUAGAUCUGGACCAUAGACACGUCAGAAAAGUGUUACCUUUGGACAAUUUGUUCAGAAUCUUCUGUUAUCACCAGCCCCUAUUAAUGGCAUCUGGAUGUUAGAUUCCCUUCUCCAUAUGGUUAACAGAUGAUGUAACCCAGCAAGGUUCUGAGAGCAUCCAACCCCAAAUGAAGUGUAUGGAGGACGUACUCUGCCCCUUGCCAGAGUGUGGCAUCCAUAUGUAGCAUCCAUUUUUAAAGCAUUGCUUUCAUUUAGUUUGGUGAAUAAAUGAAACAUUAAUGAGCUGUUUUAAAGCAAUUUUUAAGAAAAGUUUUACUGUUUUUUGUGUAAAGCAUUUUGCUAUUUUAAUUUUGUUAAUUGAAGGAGUUAUUAAAAUGUUACAAACUCUUUCAGGGUACAGGAAUGUCUGAAAGAUGUACAAGGCAAAGGCCUGUCCCUUUGCUGUUUUACUGUGGAAUUGACUUCUAUAAUGGCACAAUCUGACUUCUAGUUUAGGGUCCAAUCCUUCCUGACUGAGUCAGUAGUAAAUUCCCAUUGACUCAAUAGGAACAAGGAAAGGCCCUCAAUGAAGUGUUUUAAAGUUUGAAAUGCAGCAUCUUGCAAUUAACAGAGACUUUCCAAGCUUGGAAUAUGACCUUUAGCUGCAUCAACCUCAGAUGACCUCCACUCCUUGUGAAUGCCAUAAUGUUAUUGAAAAUGUCAAGAAUAGACAUCAAAGACAGAAAGUUAAAAGUCCUGUCCAUAAAUCUAUUUGGCAAGUCAGCCCACCUAUUCUAUAGCUCCAAACACAACUCCACAUCCUCUACUACACUCCUUUACACUUCAGAGUAGCCAUGUAGCUGUUGUUAUUUUUUUUUCUUAUAAAUCAAGCAGAAGUGUUUAUUUUUCAUUUUCUCCUAGGUAAAAAGAUUCACUGCUGAAUUCCUCAUUGCCUCAGCAUCUCACACUUUUCUCUGCAACUGAUUAGUGUUCAGUUAUGGACUCUUAGGUAAUACUUUCUGCCCCCUCUUUUAUUCACUUCCUUUAUUCACUGAAAAGUGGAAUUAGAGUUUUGUUUGAUUUUCAUCCUUUACUCAUUAACACUGGGCUAGGGGACUGAAGUAACUGCAAAUAUAGACACGCCUCAAACCUGUCCACUGCAAAACUAGGACAGCUGAGAUCUGGUAAAUGAACCCUAUAUUCAUAAUGGUCCAAGGCAAGAGUUACAUUGGCUCAAAACUUUGGCACUUGAGUUGAAUUUUGUAGUGUGGGUCUUUCUGUAGUUUCAGGAAUACUAUUAAGAUGAUAAUCCCACAACCCAGAUACAUGACUAGUUCCCAUUAAAGUCAGAGGGAAAAUUUGGUGAGUAUGGUUGAUAGGGCCAGGCUCACAGAGAACACAUUAGUCAGGAAACAAGUUAUACUAUGUUAAGACCAAGCAUCUCCUGUGUAUGUAUACAUAUAGGAAGGUUGCCAUCUCUUUUUUUAAAUUUUACUUAAAAACUAGCUAUUGAUGCUUCCUAAUGCUGCCACAUGUAGUAAACUCCAUAAAGGAUAUCAGCAAUAUGGGGAGGCGGGUGGUUCAUGGUGCAAGUUAAUGGUACAUUGCCUGUAUUUCUCAGGAACAUGGUAAGCUGAUAACUUGACUCAAAUUAACAAACAAAAAGGCAACCUAUCAAUAAGCAACAUUCUGGCAUUGCACGUGUUUCUUAGCAAGCAGUUUUAGCAAUAUAUGACCAUUUUUUUUAACAAGGUGAUAAACAUUGAAUUUUUUUUGGUAGCUGUUAAAAAAUGUUGGGAAAACUUUAUCUUCAGGUAUGUGCCUAACUUCCCAUGCAUAACUGGGUAGCUGAAGCACAAGACCUUUUCCUUGUGAAACCUUUCACAUGGGAAAAAUAGAAACAUCGACACUGGGCACAUCUCUGUUUAUAGAAAAAGAUUUACUUUAAAUGGUGUGUAGCUUUUCUUUUUCUCUUUGCCAGGGAAUAAGGUGGAAUUGUAUCUCUGAGUCUGCACCUGCCGAGUUUAUGCAGGUAAAAUGUCUCUUGAAAUCAAUAGAAAAAAUUGCUGAAGAAAGAUUUCAGGAUUGGGCUGCCUGGGAGGGAUAGUGAGCAGUGUCACUUCUCUAGUAAGACUGACAGAAGUGUUCUUUCCUUUCUGAAGGGAAACCUACAAAGUUCAUUUUGCCCUUUAUAAAGUCUUCAAUCUGGCAUAGAUGUGAAAAGGAGAAUAUCUCUUUGUAUCAUACCCAUGUAGGGGGGGAAAGGCUUAAAGAGUUAGGUUUGGUGUUUACUGGAAUAUUGCUGGUUUUGGCCAGGAAAAAUGGUCCUGUGACAUGGGGACUUUCCUGGAUUAGUAUUUAAUUAUGACCAAUAUAUUACUUUAUAGACUUUUUAAAUAUAGAAUUGCUUCUUCCAGCAUGUACAUUUUCAGAAUGCCUCUUACUGAUGUACACAGCAUUUAGGUAUCUAAAAAUGGCUUUCAAAAGAUGCUGGAUUGGAUUUCAUUCAGAUCUUCCUUUUAGCUACUAACAUUAAUAUUCUGCAUUGGAGGUAAAAUAGUGCAAAAAAUAUUGACACUUAACUUCUGUACAUUAAGCCACAAUAUGUCAAAUACCACGUGUGAGUAUCUGAUAUAGUGGUGAGUCUUUGAAAGAUUCAAAUCUAGACUCUGUGUAAGCUGUUGCUUGGUGUUUCUGUUGUGUGAAUGUUCCUAGAUGACACUUGAGCAAGCAAAAGAAAUGUACCAAAUAGGGCAUUUUGAAAAGUUAUAUUUGUUUUCAUUGUUUCUUUUUUAAUCUAAGCUAGUAUGUGCAAGGAAUAGCAGCAAAAUUCUCUCUCACCAAAUUCUCUGACCAAAGGUUUUACAAACAUUAGACCAGGUCCUCAGGUGGUAUUAAUCAGCACAGCUAUGCUGAUUAAGUAGGUUUGUCCUGAUUUAUCUCUGCUGAAACUCUAGCUCAUUUCUUUGACACCUUAGCUGCCACAUACAGCUAUAUCUCCAUGUGCCAUAGGAGUCGCUAUUAAAAAAAAUGAAUGGAACAGUUAUCACCUAGUGGUAUAUGGGAUAAUAAAAAUGUUCCAUUUGUAAUACCAAUCUAUGGAACAAUGAUUGCCUAAUGCUGAGUUUGGAAUGGCUCCUACUGUAGGAGAGAAUUCAGAGCGGGACAAGGGCUGUUGACUAGAGUGAGCAUACCUCUGCAUUUGCCAUGGAGGAGAAGGGAAAUACAAAACCUCAGGGACUGACUGUACAUUCAUGGGAUUUGUUGGCAGGAUCAAGCUCUUUCUUUCUGCACAAGCUGUUGUCUUUAUUAACCUUUACCAAACGUAAUAGAAAGGUGCCCAAAGCCUAGUCACCAUUUAAACCUCACAUAAUCCCUCAAGACAGGACUUAAAUGGGAUUUAACUGGUGCAUAUGGCCUCCUCAGGGGCAAAUCUGACCCACAGAUCUAAGCUAGUGCUUGCCUGAAGUAGAUAUUUAUUUUACUGAGCAAGUAAAAGUACAGGGAGUCCCAGGAGUCUCAUGCCUUUGGAAAGAAAACUAAGAUGAAAGUGAUGGGAAAGAUUUGCUUUGUUCCUAGUGCAUAGUAUGUAAUUAUCACAAAACUAAGAGGACUCAGGAUAGAGACUGUGGACAUUAACUGUCACCUUUUUUUUGGGUGAUACUGUUCUUAAUGUAAUGUAGAAAUACUGGACAGCCCAGAAACGUAGUAUCAGUCUAGUAGAAAAUGAGUGGAAAGCUGCACAGUAUAUUGUACUGAUGUAAGUAGAACUAUCUGCAUAUAAUGUGAUUUUAUUUAUUUUUUUGUGUAGAGGAGAAUGAAUAUUCAUGACUGUGGAUAUAACCUUUACUUGUGUAAUGUAUUUUAUUUCUUUUGCCAGUUGGUCAUUUAAAAUAUCUGCAUUCAUUGAUGUCCUUUGACUUUUAAUUGUGUGUAUUUUCUUGUAAACGUUUCAAGAAUUCAAGAGUUAUAAAAAAAUGUUCCCAUUAAAGAAAUAGAAAUCUGA